AAAACGUUCCAGCGCCAGCUGUUUGGAGAAAACGAGGCUUCCAUGGGAAAAAUGUAGGCCGAGAAACUUGUAUAAAAGGCGCUGUCUUGGCCAGAGAUUUUCAUUCACUCGUCGCUUCACAAACAAUAAACAACAACAUGGCUUCUAUCAAGAUGAUCGCUCUGUGGGCUUUCCUGGUUGUUCUUGUCGCAGCCGUCAACGCCGCCCCUCGUUACUUUAUCCUUGACGAUGGCGAAGUAGAUGCUCCGCAAUUGACCCGUGUCCGUCGUGAUGAUAAGUACGUUGCGGCUGCAAGUGGUGGCGGCUACGGCAAAGGACACGUUGGACCUGUUUACACCUUCGUCAAGACCGACCCUAAGGCAAACUUCAAGUGGGGAGUGCGCCACCGCGCUGGUGUUCAGUAUGGUCGCUAGACAAAGAAAAUCACGAUUUUCUUAACCCAGAAAAACCCUCAAGCUGGCUCUUGAGGUGCUGACGAACCCACCUCUCACGCUCUCACGUUCAUUCCAUCUGUUUUCGAAUCAUCAUCUCAAUCAUGAAACAUUAUCAUCGUUCCUGUUCUUGGAAUGCCUGCCGAGAACCAACUUGUUAUCGGCAGUCGUUUUAACGCUUUGGAAUAAAUUUGAAAAUUUCAAACCCCA